GUGGUCCAAGCUGCCAAGGUUUUUCAGUCAAGAGCAGAAAGUGCAGAGAGGCGAUCUCAGAUGCAGCCAGACAAACAACAUUUUGAUAUCCAUGUCUUUCUGUGUUAGGAAAAAAUAGAGUGUGUUUUCCCCCCUGAGCUACUCAGAGCAGCUGUCCAGAUGUUUGAUAGCAGCCUUUCAGCUAUCCCUGGCAUUGCUUCUUCAUUUUAUUUUGCCGCUCUCUGUGUGUCAGCAGCAAGAAGAAGAGAACUGGAAGGAAGGUUUGGGAGAGAGAAAGCAUGGGAAGGGGAGUGACUUGACUUGAGAGGGGAGCCUACUUUACCCUCCAGAUUGUUGUUGUUUUGUUGUUUAGGUUUUUUGUUUUGUUUUGUUUUUUGCAUCUGGUCCUCUUGGUGGAUUGAAUCUGAGCAAGCUGCACAGCAAAGAGCAUGUCUCCAAAGCCGGCUGUCUUUAGAGUACAUCCCUGAAGUUGCUGGCUGCCUUCUUCCUUGCAGCCUGGACCUUUCUGGCAUCUCUUUUUUCUUUUUAAAAAAGCAAGAGCUAGAACAUUGGGGAAGGAGUGCUGUCUUCUUGACACCUGAAAAAACCUAGCCACCCAAAAGAAAAAGGCACUGAAACUGGAGAGAGAAGAUGUUCACACCAGCAGAACAGACCCAGGGCAUCUCCCGCUGCUUGACAGUGGAAGAAGUUGAUCUCAAGCCAUACCUUUGGUUUGUCUUUGCUGCUCACACAGCACUGAGCCUGAAGGAUGCUGAUAAAGAUUGGCCCCAACCAGUUUUUGGAGAAGCAACGUCCCUUCGUAGAGGAGACAGAGCAAGCGUAUCCCAGACAGAGGUCCACCUCAAUUCCAUUCAUGACUGAAGGACCUUCUAGAUCAGCCCAGCCAUACCUGCUGCCCACCAAUGCCACCAACUUGACAGACUGUGGGGAUGAUAUCUUGCUGUAUGGGGACACAGAGAAAGUCGUCAUAGGGACGGUGCUCUCCAUCAUCACCCUGUUGACCAUCGCUGGCAACAGUUUGGUCAUCAUCUCUGUGUGCAUUGUCAAAAAACUCCGGCAGCCGUCCAACUACCUGGUGAUCUCCUUGGCUGCUGCCGACUUGUCCGUAGCCUUUGCUGUCAUGCCCUUUGUUAUCAUCACGGACCUGGUGGGAGGAGAGUGGCUCUUUGGGGAGGUCUUCUGCAAUGUCUUCAUUGCCAUGGAUGUCAUGUGCUGCACCGCUUCAAUCAUGACUCUCUGUGUCAUCAGUGUCGACAGGUACCUGGGAAUAACACGACCUUUGACGUACCCCGUGAGACAAGAUGGGAAGCUGAUGGCCAAAAUGGUGUUCAUCGUUUGGCUCCUCUCUGCCUCCAUAACUCUCCCUCCUCUGUUUGGCUGGGCUAAGAACAUCACCGUGGAACGGGUGUGCCUCAUCAGCCAGGACUUUGGUUACACCGUCUACUCCACUGGAGUUGCCUUCUACAUCCCCAUGACGGUCAUGCUGGUGAUGUACAACAGGAUCUACAAGGCAGCCAAGGCCAGUGCUGAGAAGCAUCGCUUCAUGGACCUUCCGAGAUCCUACGAACAGGAGGGGACCUCCUGCAUGGAUGCCAGUGUCCGACGCCAACCCAGCACCAAGCGCAACAAAGCGGCAGAGGAGUGUGCCACAUUGUCUAAGUUUCUCCGCCACGAUCGCAAGAACAUUUCCAUCUUCAAGAAGGAACAGAAAGCAGCCAGGACCCUGGGUAUCAUCGUUGGGGCCUUUGCCUUUUGCUGGCUCCCGUUCUUCUUAAUGUCCACCGCCAGGCCUUUCAUUUGUGGCAGCCGUUGCAGUUGCAUUCCGUUGCGGCUGGAGAGGACACUGCUUUGGUUGGGCUACACCAAUUCUCUCAUCAACCCCUUGAUCUAUGCCUUCUUCAAUCGGGACCUGAGGACUACCUUCUGGAACCUGCUGCAGUGCAACUAUCGCAACAUCAACAGGAGGCUUUCUGCGGCCAGCAUGCACGAGGCCCUGAAAGCGACAGAAAAGCAUGAGUGCAUACUUUGAGACUAAGGACCACCCGGGCUUUCAUGGAAAAGGCAUUGGGAUUGCUACAUGCUCAACAAGGAUGAUAACACUUCCUGACAUUGCUCACCUACUUAGGAAUAAAAGGAGAACAGGGCUUCAUUCACCUCAUCAGGGUGUGUAUUUACAAUGCAGUUCAGUACACACACACACACACACACACACACACCCAAUGCCCAUGAUAUAUUCUUUCGUUAAUCAGUGGUGGAACAGAGAACCUGACCAAAAAAAUUAACACCAAGGCUGUAAUUCUCUAUCCUAGUCUACAUUUUGUAACUCUACACAAACUUAGCUAUGUAGUAGAGGCUCCACAGAGCCUUUCACUCUAUCGGUGCUCAUCAGCAUUCCCUAGCUGGUGUCCUGAUGCAGAUCGCGAGUGCCAAGUGUGCCCCAGUCUAUGUGUGCAGUGGUCACUUCAUUGUCUUUUCUGUACCCUUUGCUGAAUGCAGACAUUGUGAAACUGCUCAGUUCUACUUUCCCGCAGAUGUAAGCAUUGAGAAUCCUAUCUGACCUUUUUCUUAACGUAACUUCAUGUCAAAGUCAUGCACUACCCAUGGUCCUUGUGCCUGAACUCAAGCAAAUAGGCAUUAAUGCUCUGCAGUGCUGUCAGCACCUGUACCUAUGCAAGGUGCUGCAAAAUAAUUCAGAGUUUCAAAAUUCUAUACCCAGAAUAGAAUAGUACAGCGUAUUUACAGCACUAUAUACAAAUUAACAACAGUAAUUCUGAAUUUCUGUCAUCGAUUUUACAUUUUAAUAAUGCGAAUGGCCUUUGGCUUAAGCAUUAAUAAAAUUGAUUGAUUGAUAUACAAAUCAACACUACCCAACCAACCAUCCACUAACAACAGCAA